AUGUUCCAAAUAUUCUCUGUCUCUGUUCUUACUAUCUCAGUAGUUUUGGAUUUUAUAGGACUCAUUGUGAAUCUGUUUAUUGCAGUGAUCAAUUACAAGACUUGGGUCCAAAGCCACGGAAUGUCCUCUUCGGAUAGGAUCCUGUUCAGCUUAGGCAUCACCAGAUUUCUCAUGAUGGGAAUGUCCCUGGUGAACAUCUGCUUCUUCAUCUCUCCAAAUGUUGAAAGAGAUCUCCAGGUCAUCUUUUUUGGUGGUUCUCAAAGUUUGCAAGACUUUACAGGGGAGAUUAUACCUUAUGAGAAGAUCUUCAUUCACCCAAACUUCACUGCCACUUCUCCUAAAAAUGACCUCAUGCUGAUAAAGUUGUCUCUACCUUUCAUCUUUGUCACUGAGUUUUUUCAGUUGCCUACUCUUGUGAAUAAUGAAGUUAAAGAUUGCUUGGUUCACACCUGGUUACAGGGUGAAGAUUAUUUUGGAAAUCAAGACUAUGGCCUGCACAGCAUUCAUAUACAAUUGAAUCCUCAUUUAGACUGCACAAAAUUACUGGGUAAAAAAUUCCUUGAAGACAUGUUCUGUAUGCGAAACAAAGUAGGAAGCCAACAGCCAUGCCAGAUUUCACAAAGAGCAACAACACAGGACUAA